AUGAGAUCAUCUCUGACUUUGACAUUUCUGGAUCGCACAGAGUUUCGCCACAUUACGAAAAUCAAGACCAUUGGCAGCACAUACAUGGCUGCGUCAGGCGUGACGCCGGAGAGCAACACUAACAGAUACGCCGACCGCAAGACAGAGGAUCAGUCCAUCUUGGAGCACUGGCAACACUUUGCUGAUUUGGCAGACUUUGUACUGGCUAUGAAAGUCACACUUGGAAACCUAAACAAACAGUCAUUCAAUAACUUCACGCUGCGCAUAGGUCUGAAUAAGGGGGGUGUGAUAGCUGGAGUGAUUGGCGCUCGCAAACCUCAUUUUGAUAUUUGGGGAAACACUGUAAAUGUGGGCAAUCGUAUGGAGUCCACUGGGUUUAUGGGUAACAUACAGGUGGUGGAGAACUGCUAUAACAUCCUGAAGGAGUAUGGCUUCCAUUUCGUCAGGACCCAUCUAUGUAAAUGGAAAAGGAGAACUGCUCACUUUCUUCAUGAAGGUCAGACGGUGGAUUUGUUAAUGCAGGAAUCUGGCUGUAGACUGGAGCAUCCAUCAGCCACAAAAUUCCGGAACCACGUCAUGGAAGGCGAAUGGGACAAGGCUGAAAAUGACCUCAACGAGCUGAAAGCAUUGAUGCAUUCACCCAGCGCUAUUGUGCGGAUGAAGUUUCUGCUAUUACAGCAGAAGUAUCUGGAGUAUUUGGAGGACGGAAAAGUUCUGGAAGCUCUUCAGGUGUUGAGAGGAGAGUUGACUCCGCUCAAAUACAACACAGAUCGAAUCCACGUGCUCAGCGGGUAUCUGAUGUGCAGUCACCCUGAGGAUCUGAAGGCAAAGGCUGAAUGGGAGGGAAAAGGCGCUGGGUCACGAUGUAGAUUACUGGACAAACUCCAGACGUACCUGGCCCCCUCUGUAAUGUUGCCCCCUCGACGGCUGCAGACGCUGCUCAGACAGGCCGUGGAGAUGCAGAGAGAUCGCUGCCUUUAUCACAACACCAAACUGGACUCCAGUCUGGACUCCGUGUCCUUACUGCUGGAUCACGUCUGCAGCAGGAAACAGUUUCCCUGUUACACGCAGCAGAUCCUCACAGAGCACUGCAAUGAAGUCUGGUUCUGCAAGUUCUCCAACGACGGCACUAAACUCGCCACCGGCUCGAAAGACACAACUGUGAUUAUCUGGCAGGUGGAGCCGGAUUCGCAUCAAUUGAAGCUCAUACGAACUCUGGAGGGUCACGCAUACGGUGUGUCGUAUCUUGCCUGGAGUCCUGAUGAUGUUUACCUGAUCGCCUGCGGUCCAGAUGAUUGCUCUGAGCUCUGGCUAUGGAAUGUUCAGUUAUCCAUUGCACGCUUACAGAUAGUACAAAAUGAUGCUGCAAGGCUGUUGACCAGGGCUAAGAAAACUAAUCAUAUUACACCAAUUUUGGCCUCUUUAAAUUGGCUCCCUGUCCAUUUUAGAAUUCAAUUUAAAAUUUUGCUGUUUGUUUUUAAAGCUCUUAAUGGUCAAGCCCCAUCUUAUCUCACAGAUCUUCUUACUCCUCUUUCAUCCUCCAGAUCUUUAAGAUCUUCUGACAGGGCUUUUUUUAGUUGUCCCUCGUUCACGUUUAAAAACAGGAUGAUAGGGCCUUUUCAGUUGCCGCCCCCCGUCUUUGGAAUCAACUGCCACUGGACAUCCGCCUUGCACCUUCUAUUGUAACCUGU